GUGGGCUUCGUGGGGCUGGACCCCGGCGCGCCCGACUCCAGCCGGGACGGGGCGCUGCUGAUCGCCGGCUCGGACAGCGCCAAGCGCGGCAGCAUCCUCAGCAAGCCCCGCGCGGGCGGCGCGGGCGCGGGGAAGCCCCCCAAGCGCAACGCCUUCUACCGCAAGCUCCAGAAUUUCCUCUACAACGUGCUGGAGAGGCCGCGCGGCUGGGCGUUCAUCUACCACGCAUACGUUUUUCUACUGGUCUUCUCCUGCCUCGUGCUGUCUGUUUUUUCAACCAUCGAUGAGUACCAGAAUAGCUCUGAAGGGGCCCUCUACAUCCUGGAAAUAGUCACCAUCGUGGUGUUCGGUGUGGAGUACUUCGUCAGAAUCUGGGCUGCCGGGUGCUGCUGUCGAUACCGGGGCUGGAGGGGAAGGUUAAAAUUUGCUCGCAAGCCCUUCUGUGUCAUUGACAUCAUGGUGCUGAUCGCCUCCAUCGCCGUGCUGGCCGCGGGAUCCCAAGGGAACGUCUUUGCCACGUCAGCACUUAGGAGUUUGCGGUUCCUGCAGAUCCUGCGCAUGAUACGAAUGGACCGCCGAGGAGGCACUUGGAAACUCCUAGGCUCCGUUGUCUAUGCCCACAGUAAGGAGUUGAUUACUGCCUGGUAUAUUGGCUUCCUCUGCCUCAUUCUGGCCUCCUUCCUGGUGUACUUGGCUGAGAAAGGAGAGAAUGACCACUUUGAUACCUACGCAGAUGCACUCUGGUGGGGUCUGAUCACACUGACGACCAUCGGCUAUGGGGACAAGUACCCACAGACCUGGAACGGGCGCCUCCUCGCUGCCACUUUCACCCUUAUUGGGGUUUCCUUCUUUGCCCUCCCUGCUGGCAUUUUAGGUUCUGGGUUUGCUCUGAAGGUUCAGGAACAACAUCGGCAAAAGCACUUUGAGAAGAGGCGAAACCCUGCAGCUGGCCUGAUUCAGGCUGCUUGGAGGUUUUACGCCACCAACCUCUCUCGAACGGACCUGCGCUCCACCUGGCAGUACUACGAACGCACGGUCACCGUUCCCAUGUACAGCACGCAAACGCAAACGUACGGGGCCUCCAGACUCAUCCCGCCUCUGAACCAGCUGGAACUGCUGAGGAACCUGAAGAGCAAAUCGGGAUUGACUUUCAGGAAAGAGCAGCAGCCUGAGCCAUCACCAAGUCAGAAGGUCAGUUUGAAAGACCGGGUGUUCUCCAGCCCCCGCGGUACUGGCGCCAAAGGGAAGGGCUCUCCGCAGGCGCAGGGCGUCCGGCGAUCCCCCAGCGCAGACCAGAGCAUCGAAGACAGUCCAAGCAAAGUGCCCAAAAGCUGGAGCUUUGGGGACCGGAGCAGGGCUCGGCAAGCUUUCCGGAUCAAGGGCGCCGCGUCGCGGCAGAACUCCGAAGAAGCAAGCCUCCCAGGUGAAGACAUCCCUGAUGACAACAAAAGCUGCAACUGUGAGUUUGUGACGGAAGAUUUAACACCAGGACUGAAAGUCAGCAUCAGAGCCGUGUGCGUGAUGCGAUUCCUCGUUUCCAAGCGGAAGUUUAAGGAGAGCCUGCGGCCUUACGACGUGAUGGAUGUCAUCGAGCAGUAUUCUGCCGGACACCUGGAUAUGCUUUCCCGGAUUAAAAACCUCCAGUCCAGAGUUGACCAGAUUGUUGGACGAGGGCCAUCAAUGACAGACAAGGAUCGAACCAAAGGGCCAGCAGAAGGGGAGCUUCCGGAAGACCCUAGCAUGAUGGGCAGACUUGGAAAAGUCGAAAAGCAGGUUCAGUCAAUGGAGAAGAAGUUGGACUUCCUGGUGAAUAUUUAUAUGCAGCGGAUGGGUAUCCCGCCGACGGAAACAGAAGCCUAUUUUGGGUCCAAAGAACCAGACCCAGCGCCCCCCUACCACAGUCCAGAAGAAAGCAGGGAGCACAUCGACAAAAAUGGCUGCAUCAUCAAGAUCAUCCGGUCCACCAGCUCCAUGGGACAGAAGAACUUCUCCGCCCCGCCAGCUCCGACGAUGCCAGCCAACACGUGUCCACCAUCGACAUCGUGGCAGCACCAGCCUUAUCAGCGACAGAGCCACGGGUCCUCCCCGGUCGGAGAUCCGGGCUCUUUGGUACGAAUCCCACCCCCGCCGUCGCAUGAGCGCUCCUUGUCAGCAUACGGUGGCGGCCACCGGGCCAGUGCGGAGUACCUGAGGAACGAAGACAUUACCACGAAACAUCACGAGAGCGCCAUGAGAGACAGCGACACCUCUAUUUCCAUCCCGUCGGUUGAUCACGAGGAACUGGAGCGCUCCUUCAGUGGCUUUAGCAUUUCCCAGUCGAAAGAAAACUUGGACGUCCUGAACAACGGUUGCUAUGCAUCAGUGGCCCCCUGUGCCAAAAUCAGACCCUACAUCGCCGAAGGGGAGUCAGACACCGAUUCUGACCUCUGUACACCUUGCGGGCCUCCCCCCAGGUCAGCCACGGGUGAGGGACCUUUCAGUGACAUGGGCUGGUCGGCUCCUAGACAGUGAAGCAUCGUGAUGGUCUACUGGGCCCAGUCGGAGCGCUGGCCGGCCGCCUGUCCGCACCGUCCACACAUUGAACUUCUCAAGGAGAUUUUCAGCUAAGGUUUUACCAAUCCAGAACUUAGCUGGUGGAUAUUUUCUUACAGCUUACUCUGGGGGCACAUGCUGAGCCUGCAUUCGGUCGAGAAAGGCCAGUGGGGUGGAAUAAUUUGGAGUUUGAAGCAUCUGGAUUUCUUUCGUACUCUCUUUCUAACAUAGGUGAAACUUUAUCACAGUGCAAGGUGGGCAACGGCAUUUCUUGGUAACCCUUUAAGAUACGGGGCACAAAUAUUGCCUGGGGAGGGAUCUUUUCGGGGAGGUUUGAAAUCACAGGUGACCGACGAUAUUUUUUUAUAACGUAAUUACCGCGAAGAGGCACCAGGGGAUUACGUACGCGAAUACUUUGGAGUUGGAAAGCAACUGUCAUGAUGUCAGUCUCAUAAGUCAGAUUUCAGCUGAUGGGGUCGUUAUCUUGGGAUCUCCAGACCGCGAGUCCCCAUCAACCAUUGGGAAUGUGGUGUAAUUCAAUAUAAUGCACUGAAGCUUGAAAAAGGCUCUUGAAAAGAAACAUGUUUAUGUUGAGGUAGUUGAGAUAGUGCAAGGUAGAAUAGCGUCGGGUACUGUUUUGAACCAGUUGGUCAAGCAGUUUAGGGUAGGAGGAUGUUGGACGAUUCAAAAUACAUGUUUCGGGCAUAAGGAGGAAACACCGGGGAGGAAGAGUGAUUUGGGACACCAAGGAAAGACAAGAAAGACCAUCAGAAAGGAGGAAUUCUCCAAUGUCAAGCCGUGUAUUAUAUUUAAUAACAUCCUUUCCAAAGGGGACAGGAUGGGAGGUUGUAAUUCAGUAACUUGCAGUAACUUGAAGUUGCUCUCCUAAGCUUGCAGUUUUGCUGAACAAGCGCCCACGACAGAAUUACAGCCUCGCGGUGAAUCGCUGACGGGAGAGGGGCCUUCCAUUACAAAAAGUAGCGGUCGCUCCAUUUUUGCAAGAAAAGUCCCAAGCGCUCCAUCAGCGGUUGGGUCUUGCCACUCCAGGUGUUGCCCAUUUCUUUACACAGUUUGCAUUGUGCCUCAAUGCUUUUGCACGCCCUCUCCUUUCCUCCCGUGGUCCCAUUCUUCCUUUGCUACCCCAUCCCAAAUCACGCAGAUGUCCUUAGGACUUCUCCACCGUUUUCAUUGUGACCCCUGUGCUGUGCAAAGAGGUGUUUCUUCUGGCCUUUUAUAAGCCUCCGGUCUGUAAUUUAGCCACAAGUGCUGCCAGUGAGAGUACCCUCUCUUAAAGGAAAAAAAAAAAGAUCUUCUCUCUCAUAAAAGCCCAGUACAGAUCCUGGGAUCAUGAAGCUAUGGGGAAGGUGAUGAGGUCAGUUUUUUUUCGGGACCAAAAUAAAGUCACAAAGUGAUCCUUUACUAGCAGAGAUGUGCAGACUUUAUCCAAGAGGACUGACGUGGGCAUUUCAGGAGCCAUCUCCAGGGCUGCUACACAGUGGUCAUUAUCUCGCCUCUGAAUCUUCCCAUGUUAUUAGACAUCAUUAAUGUGCAUGUUUGGGGAAGGAGGAUAAAAUGCAGUCUGGGCUGUCUCAGUCAGUCCCCGUUUCUAACCCCUGUCUUUCCAUACGAGUGGUCAGUUUUCUUAGUAUUUAAAGAGGUGGCAUGAGUCCCUUUCUGUUGGGCCUUGCCGUACCUGGGCUAAGUACAAAACCUCAGCUUGAUGAGGCCAAAUGUUAAACUGCUGGUGUCAAUGGGAAAAAUCGUGGAGUUGUCUCUUAUUUUGUCACCUCCACUAAAAGCUAAUUAGGAGCAAAGGAGGGAAAAUGGCAGCUUUGGCCUUAAUGACCCCCAGGUCAUGGGCCCCUGAGGAGCUACGCACCCCCUGGAAGGCAUCAACUGCCUGUAGGGAAGCAUGAAUCUCCUUCACAGGAACUCAGUUGCAAGGGAUCUCAUGCAGGGAAGGAAGUCUCUGCCAGGAGAGGUGGCUUUUUGGGGCUCCAGGAUGGAAAAUGAAAGAGUUGCAUUGAUGCUUAAGCAUGUGGCGUCGGAAAGGAUCUGUACAGUCUUCUCAACCAGUUAGCUCCAGCAUAGGCAGGUAGAGAAGUGAAGGGGAAAGCAUUUCUUUUCUAAGGAGGUCAGUGCAUCCUUGGGUCCAGAUCCUUGGGUCCAGGGGAAGGACCUUGGCAGACCCAGCACCUCCUCCCCAUUUCUCAGGUCUGCGUUGAUGUAGUUUGCUGCUUGGGGGAGGGGGAUUUUGACACACUCGGCCCUAUACACCUGGAGGAUACCACUGCCAGUCCUGGCAAUAACCAUACUGUCCCUACUGUCACACAUCACGGGUUUCAGGCAUUAGGAAAUCUGGCCAACUUGGUUGCAUUCAGAAUGGGUAUGAUGGACUCCUUCACUAUUGUCUUUGUAGCCUGUGACGAUGGAGCAAAUUGAGAUACACCCUUGGCUCAAAGUGCUCUUCUCAAUCAGGGGCUAUGAGAAAGCAGAGGGUUUUUUUUUUUUAACUACCUAUGAUGUUCAGAAAAGAAUGCAUUUUUAGAUACCUGUGGUGUACAAUGUAUCCCACCAAUGCAUGGGAAUAAUUGGUUUUUUUCUGGAUAGGUUUCAAAAUAUAGAGUUACUGGUGAAGCCACGUGGAAAGUCAGGACAGCCAUCCAGAUUUAGCUCUGCAGAAGGCCACCUCUUGUCGAUCCUUACAAACGACUCCAGUGUUCACCCACAAGAGCUCCAUGGAUUUAGUGGAGCGACACCAGUUUUUUGCUGGUGUGAGUGAAACCAGAAAUCGCCCCUAAUGGAUGCUUUUGGUUGCCUAACCCCUUAAAUCCUUUUUCUCAUCCCAAAUUACACUCGACUGCUCCCAGCAGCUUCCUGCUCCCUUCCUUCCCCCACCUCCGUUGUAUAUGCAGUUGCUGGUGAGUCAGCAAUGCAACGGUUUCUUAGUUUCUCAAGUUAGUGGCUGAGAAACAACACGUUUUUGACGAGAAUGUUUGAAUUUUUGCUAAUAAGUGUCCUCCAAUGAGGAUGUUUAAUGAAAAAUGUUACGGCAACCUCUGUGUCACUGCUGUUUGGCAUGUCUGCAGCAUCUGUGUUACUUCUGUUUCUCUCUCUCUAUAAUCUCCGUAUGUUUGUUGACACAGAAACUCAGUUUUGGUGAUGCCAAGUUGUGGCACAAACCCAGGAAAAGCUAGGAAAGUCAGAGGUAAGAACAACACGGCUCCAGGCAAAUUUUGAGCUGAAUUUUCAAUAGGCCUUUCUUAACUGCAUCUGAGGUAUUUGUAACUGUGAUACCUGGUUGCACAUACAGAACCGGUGUGUGCGCACGUGUGCUUGUGCACAUCCAUGCAGAAACAGAAGCAGUGGCCUUGCACCAAAAUCCAGGAUCUGAACCUCCAGGGAACUGGGGGUGGGGGAUCUGGAUUUGAAUGUUAAAAAUGGUCCCCAUCGGUGAAACGGGCCAUUCCAAAACCUUGGAGCAGAGACCAUGCUGUGCAACAGGUUGUCCUGCCUUGAAGUUUGGAGCCCAAGUUCUUGGGUCAGUGUGCGUCUCUGAAAAGAUGCAGUGCAUCUGCAGUGCAUCUCACAAAAUGACCCUGAGACUUGAAAACAGAGCACUUGCUCUAAGCUGAAUUUCCCAACAUUUGGGAAAGGGACUUGAUGUUACUUAAAUGCAGGGGUUGUAUGCAGAUUUCCUUGUUUGCUCCGUUUCUUAAUAGCCACGUUUAAACAAAGGGAGGAAAAAUAAUGACAAGCAAAUGGUUUCACCCAAAGAGCCAUGAUGUUUCAUUAAGCAAGCAAUGUAGGAAUCAGGGUUUUUAAAAGAAUAUUAUUUUUAAUGCUGCUUAAUGGAGCCAAGCCACUUCAACAAGGUCAUUCCUAUUUACAGUAUAGGUAGGAGUACUUGUACAUUUUCAACUUUAACAUUUUCAGUUACAUGGUUUUUAAAAAAAAUAAUAUUUGCAUUAUUUCCUGGAUAGACCAGAUGAACUCCAAAGGCGUAAUCAUUUGCUUACUUAAUAUUUACCUAAGAGAGUGAAAAAAACCAUACAUUUGCCAUGAAACAAUUGCUAAAAAAUCCAUAAUAAUGAAAUAAGAGUAAAGAAUUAAAAUGUAUUGAAGUGUGUAAGUAGAAAAGAUGUCAUAACUGAAGCAAAUGAGGAAAUCGAAAGUUAUGGUUAAAAUGUCAGAUUUAACACCUAGUGGAAGAGUGCCAUGGCAUUUUUUAUAGCAAGGAUCUGACUCUGUUUUAAACAUGCUUCAAGCAGAGGGAAGAGGCAGAAAUCCAAAUAAUGGAAGGACAGUGUCGUUCAAAAUAGGGAGGUAAAGUCUGGAAUGAGAUUCAUCCCCAGAGUCAGUUCUGAAAGCAGAAUCUGGCCCUCAGAUGUGAACAUCUUGGCUUUUGGCAUACUCAGAAACCUAAAGUAAUUAUGUAGUUUAAAUAGGUUUUUUUAUAUAUGAAUACAUGCUUGGGUUCAGCUAAUAAUUUGAUAGGAAAAGGUCAUCAAAAAAUUCUUAAUUCAGAAUAUUAAAAAAAAGAAUUGAAAACAAUAAUUAAGACUUAAAAACAUCACGUUUACUUUAGACACAAAAGAGAAGGAGUUUUCUUGGCUUGGCUGACUUACUCCUCAUUUCUGUCACAUUCCCAAAUGGAGAGCUUUGAACUCAGUCAUUUGAAUACCUCCUUGUCCAUAACUGCUGUCUCUCCAGCUGUUCACUACUACAGCAGUUCCUUAAUCAAGAAGAGUGUGUGCUGUUCAGCAGUGCCAACAAUUGCCAGUGUGCUACCAGUGGGGCUUCAACACUUGAUCCAGAAGAAAUAGGACUUAAUUUCCACUAGCUAAGAUGACAAGGGACCAGAUCUAGCAAUGGAAAUGGGCCAUCGGGUGCAGCUUGGGAGAAUAAUUAUAUGAACAGUCAAGUAGGACGGUAAUGUUCAUCUGUGAAGAAGGUCACCCCUUUCUAAGUACAACUAAUGCCAACCCUAUAAAUCAUGAUUUUCAUCCAUGGUGCCUCCCGGUAUUUCUUGAGGGGUGAGGGGAGAUUUUUGUCUUUGGGCUGCACCAAACGUCAGGCACCUUGAAACAAAAUUAGAGCAGUAGAAUAUCUCUGUUUCCUUCCAGAAAAGGGCUUCAGUCCAGUCUUUGCUAUUGCUCAGUUCAAAAACACAGACAGCGAGGGUUAUUGCACUGAAGACAGUGGGGCUGUUCUCAAGGACUGCUGCAGCUGGGCGUGCAAAGGUAUGUGCAGGACUAUCUAAUGUACACAGAG